AGGGUCGGAGCGAAAGGGAAGCUGCGUCCCGGAGGUGCGGUGUGGGGCACCGGGCGGGGCCGCGGGAACCAGCGCCCCGCGGAGCUGCUGCUGUCAGACCAACCCCGGGCCCCCAUCAUCACUGCGCCGCGCUCUCAGGCGCCGAGAACUACAGUUCCCGGCAUGCCAUGAACUUGGCCUCGGCGCUGAGGCGGAGCCCGGUCCUCCACCCGCUCCCGCCGCGCGCGGAUCGGGUUCGCGAGCCAUGGAGGAGGAGGCGUCGCCCCCGGGGCUGGGCUGCAGCAAGCCGCACCUGGAGAAGCUCACCCUGGGCAUCACGCGCAUCCUAGGACUGUGAAGAUGAUGAGACACCACACCUCAAUUAUGUUACAUUAAAUGGCAAAAGCAAGAUUAUCCAGAAUCUUCCCCAGGUGUGACAGAGGUGACCAUCAUAGAAAAGCCUCCUGCUGAACGUCAUAUGAUUUCUUCCUGGGAACAAAAGAAUAACUGUGUGAUGCCUGAAGAUGUGAAGAACUUUUACCUGAUGACCAAUGGCUUCCAUAUGACAUGGAGUGUGAAGUUGGAUGAGCACAUCAUUCCACUGGGCAGCAUGGCAAUUAACAGCAUCUCAAAACUGACUCAGCUCACCCAGUCUUCCAUGUAUUCACUUCCUAAUGCACCCACUCUGGCAGACCUGGAGGACGAUACACAUGAAGCCAGUGAUGAUCAGCCAGAGAAGCCUCACUUUGACUCUCGCAGUGUGAUAUUUGAGCUGGAUUCAUGCAAUGGCAGUGGGAAAGUUUGCCUGGUCUACAAAAGUGGGAAACCAGCAUUAGCAGAAGACACCGAGAUCUGGUUCCUGGACAGAGCGUUAUACUGGCAUUUUCUCACAGACACCUUUACUGCCUAUUACCGCCUGCUCAUCACCCACCUGGGCCUGCCCCAGUGGCAGUAUGCCUUCACCAGCUAUGGCAUUAGCCCGCAGGCCAAGCAAUGGUUCAGCAUGUAUAAACCUAUCACCUACAACACAAACCUGCUCACAGAAGAGACCGACUCCUUUGUGAAUAAGCUAGAUCCCAGCAAAGUGUUUAAGAGCAAGAACAAGAUCGUAAUCCCAAAAAAGAAAGGGCCUGUGCAGCCUGCAGGUGGCCAGAAAGGGCCCUCAGGACCCUCCGGUCCCUCCACAUCCUCUACUUCUAAAUCCUCCUCUGGCUCUGGAAACACCAUCCGGAAUCCUAGAUUCCACAAGUGAAGCAGCGGAGGAACCAGGAGGUCAGCGGUGCCCCUCAAAUCCGUGGCAAUCAAGAGGGAGUUCUCAAAAGGCUAUCAAAGGAAGGGGGUUAUGAUAAGGAAAGGCUCAAGACCUGCCUCAGAAGCAUUGAGCAGGGAAAAGCAGAACUGACUCCAUGAUAUGCAGGAUCCAGUACAAAAUGAACAUGUGGGGCUUUUGUGCAUACAGCAGGAAAACAUUGCCUUUACAGGUACUAAAAUGUAACGUUUUUUCCUUUCUUCCAUAGUGUCUUCCUCAACUUGUUAUGGCGUUGUUUUUUAUUUGCUACUUAAUGCUGUUCUAACUAAAAACUUAAAUGUUAAAUUCCUAUCAUGCAUUUUACUAUUCAUCUUUAUAUUAUGCAAUUCCAGUUUUAAAUGAAAAUAUGAGCAUUUAUUUAACUCAUGCAGAAUCACCAAAAUUACACAAUUUGCAUUUUAUAGCUUAUGUUUACAUACUGUAUGCAUAUGUAUUUCAUUCUUACCACAACAGUAGAAACACUGUACAAAACUAACUCAACUGUUACUGUUUCACUUCUUGGUAUUUUCAGCAUAAGUGGUUGACUAACACAGGAAUGUACAUGAGUAAAAAAGGAUAUGAUAGGG